AUGAGCAUGCACCUUCGGAGGUCCGCGCGGACUUCUCCUGGAUCGGUGCUGGACCCCGCUCCCUGGCGCGCUCCGAGCGCCGGGGGCGGCGCCAGAGGCGCCGCCAUGGGGCCGAGGCGCCGAUGCAAGAGAUCCAGUUGGGCCGCCGGAAGUUUAUGCUUACAUUGUUUUUUUUGGUUCCUCGACGUCCACGGCGCCGCGGGUGUCGACGUGGCCGCCGCCGUCGCCCACGGCCGCGCCGAGGGCUGCGCGCGCGGGAGCUCGGCGAGCAGUUGCAGCCGGUGCGGGCGCGGGCGUCGCUGCGAUCCCCAGCGCAUCUCAGCCAUCCACGGCGCCGUGGGUGUCGACGAGGCCGCCGCCGUUGUCCACGGCCGCGCUGAGGUCAGCGCGCGCGGGGUUCUCCGUGAGCAGCGGCAGCCUAGCGUGGGCGCGUUCGCCGAAACUGCGAGACGGAACCCUUCGGGGGAGCACUUGGGAGAG